AGCAUCUCAAGAGGAAGGAUCCAUUUUGUGUAGAAUUAAGUGAUUUCCAGAGGACAGCCCCAAUGACAGAACUGUCUGCACAUUUACCCCAGUUUCAGCAUGGGCAGCUGACAGAAAACUUCCCUGAUACCCACCUCAGCAACACUCAAGAGUCCAUGGCCUCUGCUCUGUUUAAUACUGAUCAGAAUGACAACAGUGAAAGACGUCGCCACGAUAACAGCGAGCGCAGAAGGAAUGACAAUCCUGAGUCUGAGACCAAUGGGCAGCCGCAAAACAACAUUCAGCAAGUGGUGGAACAAGACGAAGAAGAAGAUGAGGAGCUGACACUGAAAUAUGGGGCAAAACAUGUGAUUAUGUUGUUUGUUCCUGUCACACUUUGCAUGGUGGUCGUCGUUGCAACCAUCAAGUCUGUCAGCUUUUAUACACGCAAGGAUGGACAGCUCAUCUACACUCCUUUCACGGAAGAGACUGAGACGGUUGGACAGAGAGCCCUGAAUUCAAUUCUCAAUGCCGCUAUCAUGAUCAGCGUUAUCAUUGUCAUGACCAUACUCCUGGUUGUGCUUUACAAGUACAGGUGCUACAAGGUGAUCCAUGGCUGGCUUAUAAUUUCUUCUCUAUUACUGCUUUUCUUUUUCUCAUUUAUCUACCUGGGUGAGGUUUUUAAGACGUAUAACGUUGCCAUGGACUACAUUACGGUGGCACUCAUGAUCUGGAACUUCGGUGUUGUGGGAAUGAUUUGCAUUCAUUGGAAGGGUCCCCUCCGGCUCCAGCAGGCGUAUCUCAUCAUGAUAAGUGCUCUCAUGGCCUUGGUGUUCAUUAAGUACCUUCCUGAGUGGACUGCGUGGCUUAUCCUGGCUGUCAUUUCAGUGUAUGAUUUGGUUGCUGUCCUGUGUCCUAAAGGUCCUCUUCGUAUGCUAGUUGAGACAGCUCAAGAGAGAAAUGAAACUCUCUUCCCAGCGCUUAUUUACUCGUCGACAAUGAUAUGGCUAGUGAACAUGGCUGAGGAAGAUCCAGAAGCCCAACGGAAAGCUUCCAAAAACUCCACUUAUGAUAAACAAGCUCCGGCAAACCAGACUCAGAGUGAAGAUGCUGAAGCAGAUGAUGGUGGCUUCAGUCAGGAAUGGCAGCAACAACGGGACAAUAGAAUAGGACCCAUUGAGUCAACGCCUGAAUCGCGUGCUGCUGUCCAGGCUCUACCCAGUAACUCUCAAACCAGUGAAGACCCCGAAGAACGAGGAGUAAAGCUAGGUUUAGGAGACUUCAUUUUCUACAGUGUCCUUGUUGGCAAAGCCUCUGCAACAGCAAGUGGAGACUGGAACACAACUUUAGCGUGUUUUGUAGCCAUAUUAAUUGGUCUGUGCCUUACACUUCUGCUUCUUGCCAUCUUUAAGAAGGCCUUACCAGCACUUCCAAUCUCCAUAACCUUUGGGCUAGUUUUUUACUUUGCUACAGACAACUUGGUGCAACCCUUUAUGGACCAGCUAGCGUUCCAUCAGUUCUACAUCUAGCACACUUGGUACUGGUAUUCUAUGGAUAUUUGUAGCAAAUCUGAGAGGAGGAAGAAUGUUUUCCCUCAGUUCUCGAGCGAGGCUGAAGUUCAAUACUCAAGAUUCCAAGCCUGAAUCAUUACAACUUCCUCUGAUGAUUUUUGUUUGGGUUUUUUCCCCCCCCGAGACAACUGCUGCACUGGGCACCGUAUGGAUUUUCUUGUGUGAAAAUGGCUUCUUCCUGAUGACUGGUCUAAACCAAGUGCUGUUAUAUCAGAGGUAGUCUGAUAUACAUAUCUCUGGUAAGGGCCGCCUGUGUGAAAUUUGCUAACGCUUCCACCAGCAAUGUGAUCUCUUACCACAGG